AGAGGGGCAAGAUGGGUAGGCCGGGAUUUCCAGGGGACUUUGGAGAGAGGGGACCACCAGGACCAGAUGGGGAGCCAGGUGAGAUGGGAGCCCCUGGUCCAAUCGGAGUUCCUGGCCUUAUUGGUGAUAUGGGACCUGUUGGGGAGAUGGGCCUUCCAGGACCCAAUGGAUUGAAGGGGGUGCCCGGAAACCCAGGAGAACCAGGACUGAAAGGUGAUAAGGGUGAAGUUGGGAUUCCCGGAGAGCAAGGAGAGCUCGGGUUCAUGGGGGACAAGGGCGUCCAGGGGACCCCUGGGGUACCAGGCAUGCAAGGGAAACCAGGACCACAGGGAAAACUUGGAGAGAGAGGACCUGCAGGUCCACCUGGUCCUCCUGGCCCCGAGGGUUUCCCUGGCGACAUGGGACCACCGGGCGAAAAUGGCCUUGAGGGACCAAAGGUGAGUAAAAUCAUCAUCUAUUUUCAGCUUCCAGAAAACUCUCAGAUAUGUUAA